AUGUCACUAUUUGGCUGGAUAUUCCUGGCUGUCUUUAACAUCUCAUUACUACUCUAUCGCCAUGCCCAAGUUAACGUCUGGAGCCCUUCGGAACUUCCGUACACAUAUAUCGGAGACGACUAUCCUAUCGAGUUACCUAUCGCACAGCAACUCGAUCUUGUCGCAAUGACCCUUCAAGAAACCACCCACUACUCUCUCAACGCCUCAGACCCGAUUACCUCAGCGGAAUGGUUUACCUUAAUGAACAAUCCCUAUGGUUUUGGACGCGUCAAUCUGGGCAGUAAUCAUCGUCUCUUGACCGUCGUAUUCUGGCAUCAGAUGCACUGUAUUUCCGAGAUGGCAAGAGCAAUUAUGAACCGUAGCCAUCCCGAAGCUGUUCGAGGUCACAUCCAGCACUGUCUCAAUUACCUUCGACAGUCUUUUUUGUGUGACGCGGAUUAUAUGUUGGAGGCGGGGGACUUUAUGGAAAGGGAUUUUGAGAGGGAGCGGGUUGCGGAUACGAGGGUCUGUAGAAAUUGGGAAGCUGUGAUGCAGGACAUGGAGCACCGCAUGGAGGUAUCUGUUGAGUGGAGAACCCUGAUGGCUUAA